CGCCAGGCGGGCGUUCCGGGGCCCGGCGCGCCGAGUCGCGUGGAGGGAGGCCGGCGGGGGAGGGAGGCCGCGGGAGAGGCGCGGCGCGCCUGGCGAGACCGAGAACCGGGCCGGAUCUCCUUCAGGACUCGGACUCGAGCUCGGGUGCCGGCGUCCGCGCUGGAAUUACGUUCUCUCUGGGGAGGUGGCCGGCCUCGCCGGGUGCGGACCCCGCACCCCAGUCACCCAAAAAAGGCUUUGUGCCCCUUUCGCUCUGGAUUCGACAACUCACUCUGGCAUUUUGGAAACACCGACUCCAGCUCAUCCAUAACCGGGAUUGCUAGUAAGAAAGGAAACGAAGGCUGUUCUGCUGUCAUGUUUUUGGCCCAGAGGAGACUCUGCCCCCUUGACAGUAGAGCAAAAUUCCUGAAGACAAUUUAUUCUUCAAAAAUCCUUGGACUCCCUGCUUCUGCUGAUUGAGACUAAAGGAGUAGCCCCUAUCUGAGACAAGGUCUUCUCAUCGCAGAGAAGUAAGAUGUCUUUGAAAAUCACCAAUGCAAAACGAAUCGAAGGCCUUGAUAGUAAUGUAUGGGUUGAAUUUACAAAGUUGGCUGCAGACCCCUCUGUUGUGAAUCUUGGCCAAGGCCUUCCAGAUAUAUCCCCUCCUAUAUAUGUAAAGGAGAAGUUAUCAAAGAUUGCAGCAGUUGAUAGCCUGAACCAGUAUACACGAGGCUUUGGUCAUCCAUCACUUGUGAAAGCUCUAGCCUGCUUAUAUGAAAAAUUUUAUCAAAAUCAAAUCAAUCCAAAUAAAGAAAUCCUUGUGACAGUAGGAGCAUAUGGAUCUCUUUUUAAUGCCAUUCAAGGAUUAAUUGACAAUGGAGAUGAAGUCAUAAUAAUAAUGCCUUUCUAUGACUGCUAUGAGCCCAUGGUGAGAAUGGCUGGAGCAACACCUGUUUUUAUUCCCCUGAGAUCUAAACCUGUUGAUGGGAAAAGAUGGUCUAGUUCUGACUGGACAUUGGAUCCUCAAGAACUGGCAAGUAAAUUUAAUUCUAAAACCAAAGCUAUUAUACUGAAUACUCCACAUAACCCCAUUGGCAAGGUAUAUACCAAAGAGGAACUCCAAGUAAUUGCUGACCUUUGCAUCAAAAAUGACACACUCUGCAUCAGUGAUGAGGUUUAUGAAUGGCUUGUAUAUACUGGAAAUAAGCAUUUAAAAAUAGCUACUUUUCCAGGUAUGUGGGAGAGAACAAUAACAAUAGGAAGUGCCGGAAAGACUUUCAGUGUAACUGGCUGGAAGCUUGGCUGGUCCAUUGGUCCUAAUCAUUUGAUAAAACAUUUACAGACAGUUCAACAAAACUCCGUUUAUACUUGUGCGACUCCUUUACAGGAAGCCUUGGCUCAAGCUUUUUGGAUUGACAUCAAGCGCAUGGAUGACCCAGAGUGUUACUUUAAUUCUUUGCCAAAAGAGUUAGAAGUAAAAAGAGAUCGGAUGGUACAUUUACUUGAAAGUCUUGGCCUAAAACCGAUAGUUCCUGAUGGGGGAUACUUCAUCAUUGCUGAUGUGUCUUUGCUAGAUGCAGACCUCUCUGAUAUGAAGGACAGCAAUGAACCUUAUGACUAUAAAUUUGUGAAAUGGAUGACUAAGAAUAAGAAACUGUCGGCCAUUCCAGUUUCAGCAUUCUGUAAUGAAGAGACCAAAUUACAGUUUGAGAAGUUUGUGAGGUUUUGCUUCAUUAAAGCUUCGACACUUUAUACCAGGCUGCCACUGCUGUCACCUCUUGCAGAGAUGCCCUCCUCCAACUCUCCAACACUGCACACCGGGCUGCCCUGUUACCCACUGCAUGGAAUCCUUCACCCCUCAUACGCUCUGACAGCCCAUGCCAGUCUAUGUUGGCAGUUGCCUGCCUCAUCCUGUCUAGGUUCUAACACCCUGCACGGAGCCAUCCCGCCAUACAGAUGCUGGCUUACCCCGCUUGGACUCUGACAUACUGUUCCAGUCUACACCGCCACUGCCAUCACCAACACCUCAUGCCACCCACAUUAGAAACCCUCUUCACUCCACUCGGGCUGCUACAUCCUGCACCAGGCUGCCCAGGCUCCGCCUGCCUCCAUAUGUAGACACCUGCUUCACUCAGCUCCACCUAGUGGCUCUUCAAGUAAAUCAUUCUGCAGAGAGGGAAGAGAAAAGAAGUAGAAAAAGCAGAAGAGAAAAACAAGAGCUCGAUUUUCACUGCUUUCUGUCAUUUUAAUUUUAACCAUCUGCUGGUAUUGCCUAUUCGAAAAGCAAAUUAACUUUAUUAGUAAUUGUAACUGAAACAUUGAAGGGAAUGGGCAUAGUAGUGUGAACAAUUUUUCCUCAUUCAGAGCAGAGAAUUUUGAAUUUUAUCUGAAGGUGAUAUAUAAGGAAAUAGAACUAAAUGUAUUAUUUAGAUCUGGGAGGUAACCACUAGAACUAAAACCAGAAAUUGCCACGAAAAGUUGUCUUGGGGGAUGGUGGGCAUUGUAGGAAGGAGUAGGGAGAGGAGGAGCAGAUGAUUCUUACUCUGUGUAAGCUCUUCUAUACUCUGAUUUGCUUCCAUAACUAUAUAUUAAUUUGAUCGUAUUCCUUUUGUAGUUCUGCCUUUUCAUUUUUACUUUGAAAUGUUCUCUUUGCUUGAGAUCAGAUAUUCACUUAAAUCUUCAUUUAGUGCUAUUAUGUUUUAUAUUUUUCCUACUUUACCAAAAUCUGUCUUUAUUUUAAAGUGAACAACUCAUUAGAGUACUAUCCAAAAUUGAAUGAAUGAUAGCUGUAAUUUGCUCAACUUGCCUAUUUUCAAUUAGGCAAAUGCCAGCUUAGUAGCACCAUUCACCAUGAUUUUGUGUCAGAAAGAAUCAUCUUCAUAUUUGUAAAGGUCAUUUUAGGAGAAGAGAGACUGCAGAUUUUAAUGCUUUUAGUGAACUAGUAUUUUCAGUAAACUUUUCUGAGCAGCAAGGAAAAUAAUUUUUUCAGAAAUAUUAGCAUUGGAUAUAAAUGUUGGCAGUAAACACAGUCAAUAAAUAUCAUGUAAUUUCUCAAAUGGAAAGGAUUUCCCCCUUAUGAAUUCCUUUCGUAAAGACAUUCGAAUACCCCAACUGGAGAUUGAGUCUCAGUCCUUUAAUCUCCCAAGCUUAUAGCUGGACAUCAUGAGGGGUGUCAGGUUAUGCAGAAAAGGGGGUGAGGUGAGAGGCAAGAAAGCAAAAAUAAUAAAUAUUGGUCCCAUGAGCACAUCCUUCAGACUCACUGCCGGCAUCAGUGUCAUUUACGAGUCUGGGUCUCCUUUGGCUUUGCAGGCUGCUUGGGCUGCUCCAGUGGUUAUAAAUAGUGAGAGUGUCCGCACUGGUGUAUGUGGUUUUGGCUGGGAUCAGAUUAAACUGUUUUUAGUCUGAACUGCAUUUAACAGUUUGUCGAUCAUUUUCUUGGUGAUGCUUUUUGGCCGCAUGCCAGUUGAUUUUUACAUUUCUUUAGUGUCAGGAUAGUAGCAAUAAAUUGGCAGCCAGUAUCACAAAACAGUAUGAUGUAGUGAUCACUGUCACACUUCUCUAGCUCCUCUAAUAUUGAAUUCUUAUGAGGUUCAUUCACUUUUCCAGCCAGGCAGUAAUGGGAUAUAACAUUAGAAAUAAUUGGUUUGUUUGAUUUACUGCUGGAAUGGUUCCUUAAGGAGCUUGGGGCCUGUGUACUCGACCACCAAGGCGAGGGAAAAUGCUACGGAUGCCAUUUUCCAGUUUCUUCCCAUGCUCCUCCCAGAGUUUUGGCUUUAUAUACAGGCAAGGCUUUCAAUGGCUUGUUUCCUGAGAAGGCAUGAUCCCCCAGUGAACACUCUGGGGUUCAGUGCUGCGGAGGCCAAGGAUGGGCUAGAGCCCAACUGGGCCCUGCUCAAGUUAUCAGGUGUUGAAGAGCGCUUGGUUCCCAAAUCAUU